AUCUACCAGUUAUUAUUUAGUGUAAUGAAAAUACUAAAAACAAUGUGUAGAAAUAUUUUUGAGUACCGCAGGAAACUGGUCUCCUUUCGUCCCGCAGAUGUACAUACAUGUUUCCAUUGCACAUCAUCGCAAGAAAGCAAGAGUUCGCUAAGAUUACUCUUCUUUGGCACCGAUAGCUUUUCACUACCAAGUCUACGAAUUCUCAAUGAGAACCGUAAAUCUAAGCAGGGACCCAUUUGCUCACUGCAAGUGGUGACUUCAUUCAAGGCAAAGAAAAACCCGCUUAAACAGUAUGCCCAAGCCGAAGGACUUCAACUGCAUGAUUGGCCGUUUCGGUAUUCUAACGUGCAACAAGAUUUCGAUCUGGGCAUCGUUGUUUCGUUUGGACACAUGAUACCGGAGUCAUUGAUCUCCGCAUUUCGAUUAGGGAUGCUAAAUGUGCAUGCAAGUUUACUGCCAAAACUACGCGGUGCAGCACCAAUUGUUCACGCUAUUCGAAACGGCGAUCAUGAAACGGGAGUUACAAUAAUGAAAAUUAAACCUAAGCAUUUCGAUAUAGGAGAGAUUUUAAGGCAGGAAAAGGUUACCAUCCCGGAAGACACACUUAUGCCGGAACUACACAGUCAGCUUGCUGAGCUUGGCGCUCGAACACUCCUGGAAUGUUUAGAAAACUUACAAUUUUAUUAUAGUAAUCUGAAGCUGCAAAACGAUAAAUCGGCAACUUAUGCUCCGAAGAUAGAUACUAAGUUUGCCGAGGUCCGGUGGUCGGAAAUGAACGCUCGGCAGGUGUACGAUCUCUAUCGUUCAUUGUACUCAUACAAGCCGCUGACGACUCGAUUUGCAGGCGAUUCAGGAGAAACGAUUAAAUUAUUCAAGCUGCACUAUCGUCCCGAUUUAGCAGAAAGUGACAAUUUAAAGACAGUUCCCGGGGAGGUCCAGUAUUGUCGUUUGAGGAAACGAUUGCUUGUAUGGUGCUGUGAUGGUAGGCCGGUGGAAGUUGAGCAGCUGGGUAUCGGCGGUCGAAAAGCCUUGAGUGCGGUUGAGUUUUAUAAUGGAUAUCUUAACAAAAUAGCAGUGCCCCUUAGGGUGUUCAGAACUUCAUUGUAG